AUGUCACUCCGAUUGGUACCUGCUUCUGCUCAAGGUUCAACAGAAGCGCAUGUCGUCUCAUCUCAGGCAACAGCUCAUCCCAUCUCAGGAACCCAUGAUACAUUCCGACAUGGAUUGAAAUCUGCUUCUCAAUCAGUCCAAGCAGGGAAUGUAAGCGCUUUACAAGGUAGAUUAGAAAAGUGGCAAGAGACUCAAACGAGAUUACAACAGAACAUGCAACGAAGUACAUUCGGUUUAGCUUUACCUCUCAAACAAGCUAUGGAGAUUAAGAUCGCUUCCCAGGAACUUCAUAAUCCAUUGUUGGAACAAGCUACAAUCACAGGCGUACCUCUUGGUGGAUCAUCAAAUCUCGCUUUGGAAGUACUGAGAGGUCAAGAUGAAACUCUAGAUGCAGGUGAUUUCAUGGGUGGAUCAACUUCUUUCUCGGAAGUCUUAGAUAUCAGUGGAGUCAUGGAAAGAAGUAGAGGUAUAUAA